GUCAUGAAGACACGCCUCCUGCAAACAUGGCGACUAGAAGAUCCAAGCGAUUGCAAACUCGGUUCAAAGAGAAAUUAGAGAAUGAAAAUGUAAAGAAGGUUAAAUGGCUAAGAGAAAAAAGAAAAACAUUUAAACAAGAAUCAGAUUCACCAAGUGAAGCUGAAGAAAUUAACGGUGAUACCUCAGCAUCAUCCGGUGUGUCAGAGGAACAUGUAACUCCUUUCAAGCAACUAAAAGCAAAAAACAACUUCACUAAAGUUUAUAAUAGUUAUAACAUGGAUAAAGGAUUGGAUUGCUAUGAAGCAGAUUUCAUUGAUGACAGUGAUAAUGUGAGAAAGAAACCGAAGCCAAAAAUAGCGACACCAUCUUUAUCACUGAGAAAGAAGAAGAUAAGAAAAGGGAUAACAUGUAUUAAUGAAUCAGAAGAAGAGAGUGAAGGAGAUGCACAUGUAUCCACUCCAACUAGAAGAAAAUCAGCUAGGAAAAGAAUGUUUGAUUCUUCUUCUUCUGAAGAGGAAGUACAGGAAGAAAAGGGGACACCUAAGAAAAAGAAAAGAAGAAUAUUAAAGAUGGAUAGUGAUGAUGAUGAUGAUAGAUCUCCACCAGUUAGGGCAAAAUCAAGCCGGGCACAGAUAUUAAAGGAGCAGAAGGAGACUAAGAAACAAGAACUGAUGAGAGAAUUAAAAGAGAGCAGGAAUAAAGCCUAUUCAGAUGCUAACUUGGACACUAAGCAGGAACCAGAAUAUACAUGUAGCAAUGGAAUCUCUUAUAAUUAUGAUGAAAUAUUUAACGAUGAAUCAUCAGACGAAGAGAAAGAUGAAUAUUAUGAUAGUGAUUGGAUUGUACCUGAUGAUGACUGCUCAUUGGAUGACCUGGGAGAGGCUACUUCACUGGGUUCAUUGUAUAGUUUCUUGUCAAAUACAAUGACUUUUCAGUCAAUAGUAGAGGAAUCAAGCAAUUGGACUGAGGAUGAGCCUGCCUAUCAGCUAAUACUAUCUGCUGGAGGGAAUAAAGGGGAGACUGCUUUACAUGAUAUUUUAUCAGACCCUGCUCUACAAGAAGCUGAGUCUGUUCUCAGUGAUUUCAAUACCACUCUAUUACAUGUUGUUCUGGUCUUACCAUGGUUAUCUGAUUCUUCAUCCAAUCAGUCUAGUGACAGCUUCUCUCAAAAAUUCAAUGAAGAUGCAAUGGCUCACUCGUAUCUGUUGUCAUUGUAUAGGUUUAAUAGCAAAUGGUUUAAUGAUACACUUAGCAACAGAAUGAAUAUGAGGCCCAGUAUUAUUGAGACAGCUGUUUGGUACAGAAGAGAAAAGUGUACUCGGUAUCUGAUAGAGUUAUAUGAAAAGCUUAAUCUCAAUUGGAGGCAGUCUAAAGAUGAAGAAAAAGGAUUCAAUGGCUUGUGGCCUCGUAAUCUUUGCCAGUUAUGUCUGUUGUCUCAUUUAUUGGACACUAGUAGCAAUGCUAAUACUACAGUCCAGUUUGACUCUCUCCUUAGAACACCAUCAGCUCUUGAUACUACCUGUACUAACAGUGAUGAGCCCAGUUCUGCUGCUGGUAUCAUUAAUAUUAUAUUCCCUUAUAUGGAAGGGCAGGACAUGUCUGACAAAGAUGAACUUGGUUAUACUGCAGUAAUGUAUGCUGUACAGCUUGGUGACUGGGAGACUUUAUCAAUAUUUCUCAAAUCUCAUUUUGUCUCAUUUGGCAUUAAGGAUAAUGAAGGUAGAAGCCUUCUUCACUUUGCAGCAGCUUCAGGUAGUUUACUGUGUAUCCAGCAGUUACUGGAUUAUGGGCAUCCGGUUGAUUCUAAAGAUAUGAAUGGUUGGCCACCUUUAUUGUAUGCUCAUUUCUCUGGACAUGAGGAGGCAUUUCUCAUGCUAAUGGAAGCUAAGCCUCACCAGCUAUCAGUCCUUAGCGAGUUACUUCACCGUCAGGAUGACAACUCUAGAAGAAAAACGGCAAAGGUAGUUCGUGAGCUUCUAAUAUCAUUAGCUCAUUCAGAGUCAUACUAUACAUUAUUUAAUAAAUUUGUGUGCAGCAAUUUGAAUGUACUUGAUGACGAGUCGUUUGGAUUCAUGAAGCACUGCAUGUCAUUGUUGAGCUUUGAGAAUAAAAAGGAAUGGCUCAAACAAAAACUUAGGAAACUUAGAGAGGAAGAGCAUGAAGAUGAAGGCAUGUACUGCUCUAGACUAAAGCUGCACAACUUACAAAGAUCAAAUAUUGUCAGUGAUGUACUGUCACGCUUGGAAUUUGUGACAGUCAAUGACUACAGAUAUGGCCCACCUGAUGUCACUUUUAAAAAUGAACCAGGUAUAUGUACUGGCCCAAGGAAAGAAUUCUGGACAUGCUUAUCACAUGAAUUAGCUAAAGGGGAAGGGAAUAUCUUCACCUGUUCUGGUGAUUCACAAUUAAGUCUUCAACCCUACCAGACUAUAGCAGAUCAUUUACCCAAUACACUGACACUGUCAAGCAGUAAACGUUUAUUAUCAUCAAUGAGGUCGCCUCCAGUAUCAGUCCCUGAUCAUUUGUAUCAUGUCAAUAUCAUUGGAUCAUUACUGGCUACUGCUGUAAUGUAUGAUGAUACACUGGACUGUAAUCUAUCAGUCCCACUCAUUAAACAGUUGCUUGGUCAGUCAGUCUCUAGUGAUGAUCUUGAAUCAGUUGAUGCUGACCUUUACCAUCAGCUUACAAACUUAAAGAAUGAAUCUGUUGAAGAGCUAGAAUUAACUUUCUGCACAUCAUUGGUUUGUCCUUGGAAUGGAAACCUUGUUGAUAUAGAUUUAAGCAGAGGAGCUUGUCAAGAUGAACCAGUGACUGAUGAUAACAAAUUGGAGUAUAUCGAGUGUCUCAGUCAGUUUCGAUUGAUAAACUCAAAUGAACCUGAAACAAAAGAACUACUGGAAGGAUUCUGGAAGAUCAUCCCAAGAAGAUACAUUAGUGCAUUUACUCCUAAUGAAUUCUCACUGUUACUCUCUGGCACACCUCAUAUUGAUGUAAAGGACUGGAGGAAGAACACCAUUGUAAGGUGCUGUCAAACUUCAUCUCAACCAAUCACAAAAUGGUUUUGGGAUCUUGUCAAUGAUCUUAGUGAAAAUGAGAGAGGACUCUUACUCAAGUUCUGCACUGGUUCUCCCAGAUUACCACCUGGAGGAUUUGCUAGCUUAAAGGGAUUGAGUGGCUCGAAUGGGUUUACUCUCACCAUUGGAUCAGGUGUCAACAAGAUUCCUCAUGCUCAGACGUGCUUUAACGUACUAGUACUUUCAGACUACACUAGUGAACAAGAGCUGCGGAAUAAAGUAUUGAUUGCUAUAAGAUAUGGCUGUGAAGGAUUUGCAUUCUCUUAAUUCAAAAAUAAAUCACUUACUAUCUAUAUCCAUUUUUAUAAAUAUCUAUUAUGAUUGAUAAUAAAAAGUAAUUAUAAAAUUUUUAUUUUUGGCAUUUCAUUAAAUGUUUUACCGUUGCAUCGAAA